ACAAGAUUUAGUCUACCUAAUUGAAGUGAUAAACGCUGGACAAAUAUGGAGAACAAAAAUACUACCACUCUUACUGAACAGAAACUGGAAGAAUCUCCCAAUUGCAAAGAGGAUUCACUUCUCCCCAUCGCUGAGAAGGGACUUUUCUUCCAUGAUUCCUUCUUCGAGGAUAUUCGGAAGCACUUUGAGACAGCCAUCGACCAAAUCCUGGAUACGUGGGGAGAAGCCAAAUCCGUGAGUGAUCUGAUGAAUAGUUACAGACGUGUAAGAGAGCGCAAUUUGCAACAAGAGAACCAAGUCAUGGCCUUCAGCGAAGACGACCAGAAUCACAAGGUUGUACUAGAUAUUGAUGACUUCAAGAAUGGAGAUGUUAAGGUUAGAGUGGAAGACAAUCAGGUGGUGGUGGAAGGUCGAAUGGAAAAGGAAGAGGGUGACUUCAAGUCAAUGAAAAGCUUCUGUCGACAUUUCAACUUCCCAGGCAAAGUGAACAUGGAGGCUGUCACUUCUGCAAUGUCUUCUGAUGGCGUCUUAACUAUCAUGGCUCCGAAGAUUCCACAGGCAGCAUAGUAAAACAUUUCAUUAUCUGAAAUUGUAAUCUAAUUUUAAAGUAAUGUACGUUUAAAUAACAGUUUAUUUUUUCUUUGGAUAAUGGUAAAAUGAAUAAAGGUUUUGCUGCUUUUAUUCUUUUUUUAAAUUCAUAAAAAAAUAAAUAAAUUAUACUUGUUUACAUAUGUGUAUGAAUUUACCCGCCUUCUUUUCUCGCGAACUUAUCGAAUUGAUAAAAAAA